AUCCUUCAAGCUCAUGUGACACCUGAUGAUAUAGGUGACCCUGAUUUAAGGGAGAACCUCAAUAAGGUUCAACGUGCAACCUUGCAGGAUGAUUUGGAGAAAGCAGUCAGCUGCUGUGACACAUGGCGAUAUCAAGUAGAGGGGCUUCCACUCGUAGUCACCAUGGCCAACAGAGAUGUGUUUGUGAAAAAUGCAGUUCUAUACCAUACUGUUGUGCAACGGCAGAGCUGUCUUGAUCAACUCAUUGAUGGCUUGUCCCACUAUGGAGUUUUAUCACUCCUGAGAGAGAACCCCAGCUUGCGUGUGCUGCUUGAUAUACCAGGAGAGGACAAAGGUCAAGAAGCUGAUUUUGUAGCUGGUAUUCUCAAACCAAGCUACUCCGUACUGGGGAGCAACAGAAGAGCUAAGGAGGAGUUGAUGGUGGUCAAAUUUAGGGAGUUUCUCCAAUGUGUUGAAAAUAAAGAGCUGAGCGAGACAUAUGGGGACAGGACUCUAACCAACGAUGAGGAGGCAUUCCUCAAGACUUUGAGCCCUGGUCACAUCCUGGCAUUUGCUACAGGGAGCAGCAAAGUCCCAGCCAUUGGUUUUCAUCCAACUCCUAAAUUAAUAUUUAUUCAUGAUGACAAAAAACAUCUUCCCAUUGCGCACACUUGUGCAAAUGAGCUUCACCUUUUUGUGAACGCAACAACAAUGGCUGAUGAUGAUGAAUUUAACUACUGCUUCCUAAGCACUAAUGAAUGGAUUUUUAUUCAGCACCAUUUAAACAACGAGAUGUUUAACAGCUACCAUUAA